AUAGAUAACUCGCAUGCAUAUGAGAACUGCUACCUGCAUAAAGUUGUUGUUGGAUUGGCUUAGCUUAUUUUCUUUUAUAUUUUCGCCGCAAAGUAUAAAGUUGUUGCACCGAUAUACUCGAUACUCGCAUGCAUAUUUUCACGUGCCUAUGGGAACUGGCAUCUGCGUACAGUGGUCUGAUUACUUUAGCUGUUUCCCUUCAUAUUCUUUUACCACGAACCCCCCAUAUUUGUUUCCAUGGAAAUUCAGAAAAUUUCUAGUGUAGGACUCGCUAUUUGCUUUUUCAGUUGCCGAUUACUAGUCUGACCAUGCACACGGCUCCCAAAUUUGAGCUAUUGUGUGAUGCAGAGCCAGAGGGCCUCUGUUCAUGAUUUCGUUGUUGUGUAGCCGUUGGGCUCGCUGUAAGGUGACUAGCAGGGAUGGAUUACUUGUACACAUAACCCUCUUUGACACUGUUUUCUGGGGUGAAGGUUUCUUCCCUAAUCAAAGUUGGACAUGUUCAGUCAUCUGGACACUUGUAAAGUAGGUCACAUCAACAGAAUUUAUCUGUGAAAUUUUAGAUUUGGACAAAUUUAAUUUUUCUAGUUGACAAAUUUCAACUUACUUAUAAAAAAGGAAGGCUCUAAAUUGGCAUGCUUAGAAGAAAAGCGUGUAUGGUUGUUAUUUUAUCUUCUUUUUGCGGGGAAUCGUCCGGUUGUUAAUUGUGCUUGAAAUUCUUUGCGCUGUGUGGUUGUGUGGCUGGGUUAACGGCCCUGAAAUUUUCAUACCGUUUUGUAUUCUAUUUUAUUUAGUGAAGUUCAUUUUGCCAUUCAUGCUGCUUGUGUGUGUACAUGCAUAACAUUUGUUGCAGGUCACGUGACAGACCGGGUCAAUAUCUCCUAAGCUGGAGUUGUAGUUUUGGGGCCAGCAAUUAACCGGUGAUAAUAGGACAGCUGCAGUGCCCCUCGUUCCACAUCAGUUCUGCAAGUAGGCGGAUGGGCAUCUUCAGCAGGCGACGCUACCAUGCAAUAUGGUAUGACGGGGUGGUGUACGACAGGCAAACAAGUUGGAUAAAUCUCCAUGAAUUCCCUUUUGCAGCUGAGGAACCUCCUGUGGGCUACUUCCAAGCAUGACGUGUACGUGAUGCAGAACUACUCCGUGAUGCAUUGGUCGUCGCUUCUCAGGAGAGGAAAAGAAGUGCUCAAUGUUGCAGGCCAGGUUGCUCCAACUCAGGAUGUCCGGGGAGCUCGGCCGUUGUCGAGGGUGCAGAUCAGCACCAUGGCAGUGAAAGACAACCUCGUGGCGGCUGGUGGUUUCCAUGGAGAGCUCAUCUGCAAGCAUGUUGAUCAACCCGGAGUCGCGUUCUGCACAAAUCUGACGGGCAACAAGAAUUCCAUCACCAACGCCGUCGAUAUCUACCGAUCACCAAAUGGCGCUACCCGGGUGAUGGCUGCCAACAACGACUGCGUUGUUAGGGCUUUUGAUACCGAGAAGUUCAGCCUCCUCACCCAGUUCCCUUUCCCAUGGUCGGUCAAUAACACGUCCGUGAGCCCCGACGGGAAGGCACUCGCAGUCCUCGGUGAUAGCUCCGACUGCCUGAUCGCCGAUUCCCAGUCCGGAAAGGAAAUCGCGACCCUGCGGGGGCAUCUGGACUACUCCUUCUCGUCGGCGUGGCACCCGGACGGGCGCGUGCUGGCGACGGGGAACCAGGACAGGACGUGCCGGCUGUGGGACGUGCGCAACACGUCGCAGUCGCUGGCGGUGCUCCAAGGGAGGAUCGGCUCCAUCAGGGGCCUGGAGUUCUCGCCGGACGGGCGGUUCCUGGCCGCGGCGGAGCCCGCCGACUUCGUGCACGUCUGCGACGUCUCCGCGGGUUACGCGCGCGCGCAGGAGAUCGGCAUCUUCGGGGAGAUCGCGGGCGUGUCCUUCAGCCCGGACGACGGUGCCCAGGCGCUCUUCGUGGGCGUCGCGGACCGGACCUACGGCGGCCUGCUCGAGUUCCGCAGGCGCCGCACGCACGGCUACUACCUCGAUUGCUAUCUAUGAGGCGGGGCGCCGGGGCCGUGUACUGCCACGAGUUACGUACGAGUACGUAUGGAAGAGUGGGAGCUAAGCUACCGCGGCCUGGAUUUCGCCAUUUUUGUCGCCGUGGAAUUGCAGGCCGGGUGUUCCAGCAGGUGUUGUGUACCUGUUUCUGUUCGGCUAGGAGCAUCUUCCAUUUUCUGGGGUUUUUUAGAUGGAGUACCCGCUUUCUUGUAGUAUGUGUUAGGUUAAACCUAACCGUGUAUGUAAUGUAUGUAUCCAUGUAUAUAUCGUGAAGGACAUCAGCCUUGAAACGUUUCCAAAAUAUGUCCAGCGGUUGAUGCGGUGUGAACUGAAAAGCGUGUUGUGCA